GGCAGGAUCGCUGUCCAGACGCUGCGGGCACUUUGGUCUGGCCCGAGUUGGGGUCGCGGCGGCGGCCACAGAGCUGACGGGCUCUUCAUGAUGAGAGGUUUUGAGACGCUUCCCUGUCCUCUGUGUAGUUGAUAGAUUGUAUGUUGAAGAGAUGGCUGACAGUGUCAAAACCUUUCUUCAGGACCUUGUCAGGGGAAUCAAGGACUCCAUCUGGGGUAUUUGUACCAUCUCGAAGUUGGAUGCGCGAAUUCAACAAAAGAGAGAGGAAGUCCAUCGAAGGACAAGUGUCCUCGCCCAGAGGAGAGCCCAGAGCCCAGAGCGGAAGCCAGAGGCUGAGCCGUAUAUUGUUAAUAGAAUUUUCCUGUGCUGUGCUUGGAAUGGAGGAAUAUUCUGGUUUAGCCUCUUCUUCUUUUACCGAGGGUUUAUUCCUGCGCUUCAAUAUGUAACAGCAAAGAUUACUGGUGAUCCAUCACUGCAUGGAGAUGUUUGGUCGUGGCUGGAAUUCUUCCUCACAUCAAUUUUCAGUGCUCUUUGGGUACUCACACUGUUUGUGCUUAGCAAAGUUGUCAAUGCCAUUUGGUUUCAGGAUAUAGCCGAUUUGGCAUUUCAGUUGUCAGGAAAGAAGAUGCAACCGUUCCCUAGUUCCAGCAAAAUAAUUGCUGACAUGCUCUUCAACCUUUUGCUGCAAGCUCUCUUUCUUCUUCAGGGUUUGUUUGUGAGUCUCUUCCCCAUCUAUCUUUUUGGUCAGCUGGUUAGUCUCCUGCAUAUGUCCCUUCUGUAUUCAUUAUACUGCUUUGAAUACCGCUGGUUC